AAUAUAAGGUAGAAAAGGGGUCGAUGAGAACAAUUCGAUUCAGAAUCUGUGAAUUGCGAAUCCAGAGAAAAGGUUUUUAAAACCUUUUUUCAGAUUGGGUUCUGUUAAUUUCUGGAUUUUGGUUAAAUCCCCUCUCUCUCUCGAUCUCUCUUUCUCUGGUUCAACAACAAUGGCGGAGCAAACGAAGAAAAGGUACAUUUCAAGCGAGGAUCUAAAAACCCAUAACAAAUCAGGAGAUUUAUGGAUCUCGAUUCAAGGGAAAGUCUACGACGUCUCCGAUUGGGUUAGAUCUCAUCCCGGAGGCGAAGCGGCGAUCCUCAAUCUCGCCGGUCAAGACGUCACCGACGCUUUCAUCGCUUACCAUCCCGGGACCGCAUGGCACCACCUGGAAAAGCUCCACAACGGCUACCACGUGAGAGACUUCCACGUGUCCGACGUGUCACGUGACUAUCGCCGUUUAGCCGCCGAGUUCUCGAAACGUGGCCUCUUCGACAAAAAAGAACACGUGACUCUCUACACCCUCACGUGCGUCGCCGUAAUGUUCGCGGCGGUUGUCUACGGCGUUUUGGCGUGCACCAGCGUCUGGGCCCACCUCGUCUCCGCCGUUCUCCUCGGACUUCUCUGGAUCCAGAGCGCUUACGUCGGCCACGAUUCCGGCCACUACAACGUGACGUCGACGAAGCCGUGUAACAAAAUCGUCCAGCUUCUAUCCGGAAAUUGUAUCACCGGGAUCUCGAUCGCGUGGUGGAAAUGGACGCACAACGCUCACCACAUCGCUUGUAACAGCCUUGACCACGAUCCAGAUCUACAACACAUCCCAAUCUUCGCCGUCUCCACCAAGUUCUUCAAAUCGAUGACGUCACGUUUCUAUGGCAGGAAAUUGACCUUCGAUCCUCUCGCUCGGUUCUUAAUCAGCUAUCAACACUGGACGUUUUACCCGGUGAUGUGCGUCGGGAGAAUCAAUCUCUUCGUACAAACAUUCCUCUUGCUGUUCUCGAAACGUCACGUUCCCGAUCGAGCCUUAAACAUCGCCGGAAUCCUCGUUUUCUGGACAUGGUUCCCUCUCUUAGUGUCAUUCCUCCCAAAUUGGCCAGAGAGGAUCAUCUUCGUGUUCACAAGCUUCGCCGUCACGGCGAUCCAACACGUCCAAUUCUGUUUGAACCAUUUCGCUGCCGACGUAUACACCGGUCCGCCAAACGGAAACGAUUGGUUCGAGAAGCAAACUGCCGGUACGCUUGAUAUAUCGUGUAGAUCUUACAUGGAUUGGUUCUUCGGUGGGUUACAGUUUCAGUUAGAGCACCAUCUGUUCCCUCGGCUACCGCGUUGCCAUCUCCGGCGAGUAUCUCCGGUGGUGCAGGAGCUUUGUAAGAAGCAUAAUCUUCCGUACAGGAGUCUUUCGUGGUGGGAGGCGAAUGUGUGGACUAUUAGGACUCUGAGGAAUGCAGCGGUUCAAGCUAGAGAUGCGACAAAUCCUGUGUUAAAGAAUUUGCUCUGGGAAGCUGUGAAUACUCAUGGCUAAAUAUUGCUCAACAAAAAAUCUGAUUACAUUACAGAUCGGUUUUGUUCGUGUUUACAUUUCGUCUGUGGAGUACUUUUUUAAACAAUUGAAGAGGUGUAUUAGUUUGAACUUUUAGAUUGGAUAUAAGUCAUAUAACUCAUCACAUGAUCAUAAACUAUAUGUAUUUAUAUUUUAUUUUGUGCUACUUUUGCU